AUGCCAAACUACAUCAGGUCAUAUAAGGUGAAUACCAUUUUGAUGCUUGUGGCAGGUGGAGAAUUUUUAGUAGGGGUCAUAGGGAAUGCAUUCAUUGGAUUGGUAAACUUCAUGGACUGGAAGAAGAAGAAGAAAUUUGCCUCCAUUGAUGUAAUCCUCACAAGUCUGGCCACAUCCAGAAUUUGUCUACUGUGUACAAUACUUUUUGAUUAUUUUGUAUUGGUGCUGUAUUCAGAUGUCUCUUACUAUGGUAAAGAAAUGAGGAUUAUUGACUUCUUCUGGACCCUAACCAACCAUUUAAGUGUCUGGUUUGCUACCUGCCUCAGCAUUUUCUAUUUUUUCAAGAUAGCUAACUUCUUCCACCCCCUUUUCCUCUGGAUGAAGUGGAGAAUUGACAAAGUGAUUCUCAGAACUCUACUCGGGUGCUUAAUCUUCUCUGCAUUUAUUAGUCUUCCCAUCACUGUGAAUUUGAAUGAGGAUUUCAGAUACUGUGUAAAGGCAAAAUGGAAAACAAACUUAACUUUGAAAUGCAGAGUAAAUAAAACUGGAUAUUUUUUUACCAAUGUAUAUCUCAACCUGAUAAUGCUGUUCCCCCUUUCUGUGUCCUUGCUCUCAUUUCUCCUCUUGAUCCUCUCCCUGUGGAGACACACGAGGAAGAUGCAGCUCAAUGCCACAGGUCACAGAGAUCCCAGCACAGAAGCCCAUGUGGGAGCCAUGAAAGCAGUCAUCUCCUUCCUCCUCCUCUUUGUUGUCUACUGUUUGGCCUUUCUCAUAGCCACCUCCAGCUACUUUAUGCCAGAUAGUGAAUUAGCUGUGAUUUUUGGUGAGUUGAUAGCUCUAAUAUAUCCUUCAAGUCAUUCAUUUAUCCUAAUAGAGGGGAACAAUAAAUUAAGACGAGCAUCUAGAAGGGUGUUUUGGAAAGUAAAGUAUAUCCUAAAAGGAAGACUAUUUUAA